AAGUAGAGAGAGAGAAAUUGAAAGAGAAAGAUAAUUAUGAUCAGGCGUUUCCACAGGGCAGCCCGGGUCUUUGUCGGUGUUGGGGUCCUACAGUUCCGCGUGCACUCCUGCGUUUCCAUGAUGCACAGCGUUAUUGUGUACCAUGAUGCCGGGGGAGAGUCAGUCCGGGCCCGGAGGAGUCGCUGUGGAGGCUUCUUCAGGCACGUGCCAGAACUGCACCGUGUUAAACCAGAGUCUGGAUGAGUACGUGGCUGCUUUGCUCACGCUGAAACAGAAGAUCAUAGACACAGACCUUCUGUUGAGCGAGUAUAAAGAGAAGUGUGAUGAGCUACAGAAAUCUCAAAGAGAGAGCGCUAAGCUGCACCAAGAGCUGGACGAGGUGCUGCUGAAACUCGGCCCGUUAGAAAAGCAGACGGCGGAGUACGAGGCUGCGAGGGCGGAGCUGCAGGAAACCACGGCUGCACUGAAAGUCUACCAGGUGAAGUGUGAGGAAGCAGACGGUCUGAGGGAAGAAAACCUGAAGGCAGUCGCUCUGAAAGAGAAGCUCGAAGAAGCUCUCAAGAAGGCAGAAGAGGCAGCAAACGCUCAGAAUCUGGAGAGCACAAAGCUGAGAUCGGAGAAGACCACGCUCGAGAGCGAGCUGCAGAAAACUCAGGAGUCUCUGAGGUCGAGUCGAAAGGCAGUGGAAGAGCUGGAGGACCUCAGGCUGCAGAACGCCAAGACGCUCAUUCUAAAAAGCAAUCUUGAAAAUCAACUCCUGGCACUUGAAGACACAAACCUCAAGCAAAAUCUUACCAUCCAAGACCUGAGGAGCAAAAACCACAGCCUCGAGACAAACAUCAGAGUAACAGAGGAAAAACUCACAACGCUGGAGAACGAAUUGAACAAAGAGACGAGAUGUUCGUCUACACAGACUGAGAAUGAGCCCAACGUUGAUAAAGCUAAAGUCUGGAGUCUCCUACAGGAAGUCUGGCAUUGUGUGAGCCCUUUAUCCAAAACACCAGAAAAUCUACACUUCAACCACGAUCCGGCCUCAACGUCCAGACCUUCUGGAUCUCCUCCUCGUCCUCUGCCAGUCAGUCCAUUCGGAAAGUCCAUGUCCAAAUCAACUCCGAAGAGAAACAAAGCGUCUCCGAGGAAGAGUAACUCUGAAUCAUCAGUAGUAGGAGUAAAGAGUCCGAGUGAAGACCAGAAGAAACGGAAAAUAGGCAGGAAGAAGAAAAGAAGCUCAGAAUCGGAGGAUGUAGAUCAAAGCCAUGCCAAAUCUGAUGAAGUCAGCGAUUUGUCAUUGAAUAUAGAUGCUCCUGUGGAACGUAUUUUAAAGGAAGUUAAAACUUCUGACAUAUGGGACCUUCUCGGCCUCUCCAGCCCUUUACCUGCACUUUUAUCUCCACUGCCUCCUGAUGAGCUGGCUGAGAUGGAGGUUGAAUCGAGUCUGAAAGUGAGUUCGGUUUCAAAAGCUGCUGCUGCUGAUGAUGAUGAUGAUGAAAAAUCCCAGUUCUCAAAGCUCAAACCUUUAGAGGAUCAGGUUUCCUCUGUUGACUUGAAGGCAUCAUCAGUCGCUCCUGAUACUGACAACAAAAGCCUUCAGAACGUUUUCUCAGAGAGCCAAGAAAAGAUCAACGGAACCUCAGAAGAUUCUUCUACAACUGCAAAGGCAAGUCCACAGAAGGAACCGGAUGUGGAGCGUUUAAACAGAAUCCAAGACUCGCAGCCGAGCCCCAUCGAAGAAAGUACACCUCUGUGUAAUGCAGACCAGGAAGAACCUCAAGCAAAUUGUGAUGAUGAGAUCAGACAUGGUUUAGAGCUGGGGCAGCAGGUUCUAAUCCCUCAGGAGGGUGCAGAACAAGAAGAUAAAUCUGUCCAGAUACAGACUCCUCCAAGUCCACACACAUGUUCCAGGACAGAACCAGAACGAACGCUAAAGAAAAUCCAAGCUGAAGAUCAAAACAGGUUUGGUGGAUACGACGAUGAAUCUUCCCGUGCCAAGGUUAAUGGGAUGACUUCUGGAGAUUCCUCAGAUGAUGAGGAGUUCUCAGGUCUGAAACGAAAAGUCAGAGGGAUUUGCUCAAGACCGGCUUCAAACAUGUUCCAAGUGCAAUCGCAUGAAAAGCAAGAAUCCACGGAUCAUCAGGCUCAAGGAACAAACUGUGAAACCGAAGCGGAGAACUUUCACACAGAGAAUAAGAAUGAGGAUGAUGGGCAUCUAAAGCUUGGCAGCAUUACAGUGAGUGUGAGCGAACCUGUAAAUCUUGAAGAUGGUGCAGAGGGAGAUGGUGAGCACGAUACAGGACCAGCAAAGGAGGGUGAAGAUGAAUCGGAGAACUUGGCCAACUGUUCCAUUUUUAAUGCAGAUAAUCAACAGGAUGAAUGUGUACCGUCUUCUAGCCCCAACAUUGAAAACAUGGCUGGUGGCCUGAAACAGGAUGAUGCCAAGCCAAAAGAACCAAGUGAUAAAUCUCAAGAUAAUUGUCCUGCAACUUCAGUAAACCUGGAUGUGGCCUCCAAAAACGCACUCGCCUCAAUUCAAUCUCCAGUUUUACUUGGGAAGGUUCUUACAGAAAUGGGUCCCCCGCUACGUCCUGUGGUUUUACCGCUAACUGCAACACCUCCAAAAUGUAGGAAGCACCUGACGUCAAAUCGGCCCAGCAUCCAGCUACCCUCCUGGUCCUCAACAGAAGGUCCAUUUUCUCUUAAACAGCAGUCGAAAGUACUUUCUCCAGAUCCAGGCCUUCAAGAUGAAGCAAAGGCAACGCUGACCACGCCUUCUCCAUCGAACGGAGUUCCGUCUUCCCCUUUACAAUUUGGAUCGGCGACUCCCAAGCAUGCGCUUCCCGUCCCAGGAAGACUUCCUUCGUCUGCGUUGAACUCCUCGUCGCCCUCCGCAUCACAGGAGAACUCCAUGCAGAUGCUAGAUACCAUGUACCCCGAUCUUUCCGCCCAAGCAAGGACUCUGAACAUCCUGCGCGGAAACGUCACUCUGGGAAGGGCCGCGAGCGAGAGCGGGACCUCCCCACCUUCUGUCAAUCCCAUCUCCGGGAAUAAAACCAUCAACUCCUCAUCCACAGCUUUCACCAAAACCGAGCAAAAGCCUAAAAGAACCGGCGCGAACGUGUUACUCCCCAAAAGCGCCAAAAGGCUGCGGCUGGAUACGUGUUCGCCCGAUCCCGCGGGACUUGCUCCUCCGGCGCCGCGGGCCAACCACAACGAGCCGAGUGACGCGCCGGAACCUUCUCAGACGAACGGAACCACGGACCAGGCAAACGAUCCGCAGUCGCUCAUUUCUGGGGCGUUCGAGAAACUUCAACACGCAUAUUUCGACGUGCUGCCUGUAAUCAGGAGUCACGUGUUUCUCGGAAGAAUUUCCCAAGUUCCAGUCCUGAGAGAUGAAGAAAAAGCCGUCAUUUCGGAGUUUUGCUCAAACCAGUCUUUAGCAGAGGAGUUUCUGUUGGCCAUUUUGUCCAAGAUCAAGACGGAGAAAGACCUCGGCAGAAAUGAGAUCCUGCAGUCUCACUGUAGGGUUUAUACCGGCUUGUGUCGAUGGAGAGGAGACUGGCAGAAAGCACAUGCCCUCGUCUACACUCUUCUGAAAGAAGACUUUCCUGAAGCCCCGAAGCUCAUUUUGUUCAUGGUGACAACGUGGCCAACGCUUCUAUCCCACGCCAGCCCUUUGUGCCGAGCCAUUAACGUAGUGAUCGGACUGAAGGCGGAGGGGGAGGUAUUAGACUACCUCAGCAAAUAUCUGCACUGGGACGAGCGGCCUCCUGGUGACCCCCACGAUACGAUCAGCACCUUACUGACGUCUCUUCUGGAGGACGACACUCUGAUAUUCCAGAAGCACGCUCGUCAUGGCGAUGACCUCUGCCCUGCAGCCUGGGAAUACAUCUUCAGCCUGGAGCUCCUGUGUGCACAUCUGGGCUGGAAAUGGACCCAUGAUAAUAUUAUAGGAAAACGUCUGUGGCCGGUCAUGAAUGCCUGGGUGACACAAGCGAGACCUCAGCAAACACCAGUGCGAGACGUUUGCGUAGCAGCGGUGUUGAGGCUGAUCGGACGACUCGGGCAGCUGGGGCUUAAGGAGAAACUGCGCACGUCGGUCCAAAACGUCGCAAAAGCCAUUAACCUAUUUGGGAAACAUGGAAUCUCAGAAGGUGUGCCACGGGAGGUGCAGCUUUCUGCAGUCUACACUAUUUAUGACCUCGCCCCGAGCAACCCCAAAGAAGCCCUGGAGGCUUUGGCGUCAUGGCGAGGACAAAUCACGGAGACGGUUCCCUCGGCCGUCACGAGCUGCAUCACACAAAUCGGCUCCGUCUGCCGUCAGAUCAAACGAAUCAAAGAGUGAACACGUGUACAGCAUCUCCUGUUUUUAUAUUUGUACAGUCUUCACACUUGUGUUGGUUCAUGUGGGGAAUACGUGCUCUGCUCAUUUCCAGUCCUGGUGCUCAUUGUGCAUAUGUAAAUUCUUGUACAUUUUGUAUGUAAAUCGAAACAUUAAAACUUGGUUUGUCUACACUAUGAAAAAGAGAAAUGGUCUUUAAAUUAAAUACAGUUUGGAAAAUG